AUGGUCUCUGUCUCAAAGCUCGUCACUGCUGCCCUGGUGGCAGUCUCAGCCGCAGCCUCCUCCAGCAAGCGUGGUGCAGCCUACAACGAUGCGUCACUUGUCCGUACCCUGGCGAAAAGCAAGUCUGGAGGUAUGUCGUGGUCAUACAAUUGGGACAUGAAGAAGAACGGGAACAUGCCAUCGGGCGUUGAAUUCGUCCCGAUGCUCUGGGGUACCGACUCGGUGGAUGACUGGGAUUCUGCGGUAAAGACUGCAUUGAAGGAUGGCAGCAAACAUAUCCUGGGUUUCAAUGAACCGGACAACGCCUCGCAGGCCAACAUUGGUGCCUCCAAGGCUGCUACCUUGUACAAGAAGUAUAUCACCCCGUACGGAGAUCGCGCCAAGCUAGUCAGUCCGGCCAUCACUUCCUCCACUCAGUCCGGCGAGGGUCUCAGCUGGUUCAAGACCUUCAUGAGCGAUUGCAAGAGCUGCAACAUCUCUGCUAUGGCUGUCCACUGGUACGGUGGGUCGUUUGCUCAGCUCGAGUCGUACAUGAAGGAAGCUAUCGAGACUGCCUCGAAGUAUGAUAUCGACGAGGUCUGGCUUACCGAGUUUGCCCUUGACACCGACACCAGCGGCAUCAGCAACGAGUCCACGGCUAAGACCUUCCUUGAGAAAUCGAUCAAGUGGAUGGACUCCCACCCCAAGGUGGGCCGUUACGCUUACUUCUAUACCGCAAACAAUUUCUUGCUUACCAGUGGAUCCGUCAACGCCCUGGGCAAGGUUUAUGUUUCG